UGAAGGUUCGAGGGGCAGAUAAUCAACAGAUUUGUGAUCAUUUUUUCCCUGGAUUGCGUGUCCAAAUUAUUUGGGACUUAUUUUGUCGUUCUUUGCCGAACUAUCCUGUCUAGUUUCGGCAGAAUAAUUUAAUGCACUAAGAGGAUGGAAAACAAAGGAUGACAGAAAGAUAAUUUCUUCAGUUACAACCUAGAACUACAGCCCUCUGCUGUAGAUCAUUGUGAUAUCUACAAAUAGCAAAACCUCAGCUUAACACCAUAAACAUUUUGCCAGUGCCAUGGCGGGGAAGGGACAGAAUCCUCAUGGUCUCAAGCAGAUUGAGUUGGAUCAAAUCUGGGAUGAUCUCAAAUCUGGGAUCAAGUCUGUGUACAAACGGCAGAGCAUGUCCAAGCACAGAUACAUGGAACUUUAUACACAUGUUUACAACUACUGCACCAGUGUCCAUGGCCAGGGGUCAGGUUCACAGACACAGUCACGGGGACCUGGGGGCCGCAAGAUAAAACAACCCACCAGUGGGGCACAGUUUGUGGGACAUGAACUGUACAAGAGAAUCAAGGAGUUCCUCAAGAACUAUCUGGUCAACUUGUUGAAGGAUGGUCAAGACCUCCUAGAUGAGCAGGUUCUGCAGUUUUAUACCCGACAGUGGGAAGAUUACCAGUUCUCCAGUAAAGUGCUUGAUGGCAUCUGUGCCUACCUCAACCGACAUUGGGUCCGGCGAGAAUGUGAUGAGGGAACCAAGGGCAUUUAUUACAUUUAUUCUCUUGCUUUGAUCACAUGGAGAGACAAUCUCUUCAAGCCUCUGAACAAACAAGUGACCAAUGCUGUCCUUAAACUGAUUGAGAAAGAGAGGAACGGAGAAACAAUCAAUACCAGACUUGUCAGUGGUGUCAUUAACUGCUAUGUUGAGCUUGGCCUCAAUGAAGAUGAACCAAGUGCUAAAGGACCUACAUUAACUGUGUACAAAGAGAACUUUGAGAACCCAUUCCUGGAAGAUACAGAGAGAUUCUACACAAGGGAGAGUACGGAGUUCCUUCGACAAAACCCAGUCACAGAAUACAUGAAAAAGGCUGAGACUCGGUUGUUGGAGGAACAGAAGCGAGUGCAGCUGUAUCUUCAUGAGAGUACACAGGACGUGUUAGCAAGGGUGUGUGAGAAGGUCCUCAUUGAGAAACAUCUGGAAAUAUUCCAUUAUGAGUUCCAGAAUCUGUUGGAUACUGAUAAGAAUGAUGAUUUAGGUCGAAUGUACACAUUGGUAUCACGUAUACAAGAUGGAUUGGGUGAGCUGAAGUCCCUCCUUGAGACACAUAUCUACAACCAAGGACAGGCUGCCAUAGAGAGAUGUGGAGAGUCGGCAUUAAAUGAUCCCAAAACAUAUGUACAGACAAUACUUGAUGUCCACAAGAAAUACCAUGCUCUGGUCAUGACAGCUUUCCACAAUGAUGCAGGCUUUGUGGCAGCAUUAGAUAAGGCAUGUGGGCGGUUUAUCAACAACAACUCUGUGACCAAAAUGGCAAGUUCCUCAAGCAAGUCUCCUGAAUUACUGGCUCGAUACUGUGAUCUGCUAUUAAAGAAAAGCUCAAAGAACCCUGAAGAAGCUGAACUAGAAGAUACACUGAACCAAGUGAUGGUUGUGUUCAAAUACAUUGAGGACAAAGAUGUAUUCCAGAAGUUUUACAGCAAGAUGCUAGCUAAGAGAUUGGUGCAACACAUGUCAGCCAGCGAUGAUGCAGAAGCCAGCAUGAUCUCCAAGCUGAAGCAAGCCUGUGGUUUUGAAUACACUUCAAAGUUACAAAGGAUGUUUCAAGAUAUUGGUGUCAGCAAAGAUCUCAAUGAAACAUUCAAGAGGUCCAUUCAGUCAUCGGAUCCCCUGGAUGUUGACUUUAGUAUCCAGGUGUUGAGUUCAGGGUCGUGGCCAUUCCAGCAGUCGUGUAGCUUCAACCUUCCAGUUGAGUUGGAGCGAAGUUUCCAGAGAUUCACAUCAUUUUAUAGCAGUCAACACAGUGGGAGAAAGCUAAACUGGUUAUACCACAUGUCUAAGGGAGAAAUAGUCACAAAUUGUUUUAAAAACAGAUACACACUGCAGGCAUCUACGUUUCAAAUGGCCGUCCUGUUACAAUACAACUCGGAAGUAUCCUUCAAUGUACAGCAGCUGAUGGAGAUUACACAGAUAAAGAUGGACACCCUAGUGCAGGUGUUGCAGAUCCUCCUGAAAUCCAAACUCUUGGUUGCUGAUGACGACGAGAACAACCUCCAACCCUCGUCUCAGCUAGCACUCUUCCUCGGAUAUAAAAAUAAGAAACUAAGAGUGAACAUCAAUGUUCCCAUGAAGACCGAAGUGAAAGCAGAACAAGAAUCAACACACAAACAUAUAGAGGAGGAUAGGAAACUACUCAUACAGGCUGCCAUAGUGAGAAUCAUGAAGAUGAGGAAAGUCCUAAAACACCAACACCUACUAGCAGAGGUCCUCAAUCAACUGUCCUCUCGCUUCAAGCCCCGAGUGCCUGUUAUUAAGAAAUGUAUUGACAUUCUGAUAGAGAAGGAGUACUUAGAACGAGUUGAUGGACAAAAGGACACUUACAGUUACCUUGCUUAGAACCUGUGGGUGCACCUUGCCUUGCUAGCCAUAUCUGUACAAGCCUGCUAACUGUUCGGGGAAGGGAUCUAAGGCUGCAGUAGCAUCACUUCAUCACUCCUAGAGCCUUGGAUGACACCAUGGUUUGGCUCCAUCAGGCACUUCAACAUUGUUUUUACCCCAGAUUAUUAGACUUGGCAUUUUAAUGACAUGGUUUGGAGUCAGACCAGUUUGCACUCUGCUUAGAAAGAAACUACAUAUGCCAUCCUACAUCUUUAACAACUGCUCUGUUCCUAUACAGGAUACUAUUAAAGGAUAUUGUAUGAAACUCUUGACACAAGGGUUUUGAGUUAAAAACCACAUACAACCGUGUUCUCAUUGGAUUAUUAAUGCAGACAGUGGGUAAGCCUAUGGUACAGAAUCUUUAAAGAGUUUAGGUCUUCAGUUCCAACUAAUUUCCACAGUUGGAUAUAACUGAGUUCAGUGGAUUGAACCAUGAAGCUGAAUUGGGGGCAAACCCUUUCUGGCAUCAUCACAACUGAAUAUGCCAGUUAGGUUGGUAGAUGAUA